UUGUGAUCAUCACCCUCUCUAAAUCUGCAUCGUCGGCUCAAGGGAAGCCAAAGUCAAAGCGCUGUCUCGCAUACUGUUGCGCUUGUGUCGUCGCAGGCGAUCUUGAUGCCUAUCUGCGAACCAUAUAAGAGAGACGUCUAUCGCCUUGUUUAGUUUCCUCGAAGAACGGUUUUCCCAGUGAACGUGGUGGGCACCACUUUCUGGCAGAGCUCCUUAACAAGCGUCUUUUCGUACAAAUCCAUAUAUCCCAUAAUGGCGCUUGUAGCAGGGGCAAACUACAAAGCCCUCAGCGACGAUGAGUUACGCUCUCACAUCGAAAAGCUAAACCUUGAUCCGGUCGGUCCGCGAUCAACCUUACUGGACCGGAUAGCGAGGCAUCUGGCCAGCCAAUCCAACGGAAUUACGGCAACCGGCGCUCAAGUCAAUGGAAAGGCAUCGAACGGAAGCAAUAAGGGAGGGGAGAACAAAAAGCAAAGACGGAAAAAGAAGAAAAACGCUGGACCAGUAGCGAACGGAGAGGCGACCCCUAGUGAAUCUGGAACGGAUGCAAAACCUGACGAGGUUGUACCUAACGUGGAGAUCGAAUACGUGGCGGCCCCUCUUCCCCAAACGGAAGACCCGGCCUACGAAGAAUAUACGCGGGUGUUUGAGAAAUUUGUGGCUCCAGUGGUGCAGGAGGGAGAGGAGAAGAAGCCAGAAGCGGAAACCGAAGAUAAUGAAGAGGAGGAUGAAAGCAACGCGAAAGAUGGGAAUGCUAGUGAUAGCUCCGAUGACGAUGAGGAUGGGAAAGGAGGCGAUAAGUUAUCAAGGAAGAAGAUGCGAAAGCUGAAUCGCCUUACAGUUGCGGAAUUGAAGCAACUAGUGCGGAAACCAGAAGUAGUCGAUUGGGUCGACGUUUCCGCAGCAGAUCCGAAGCUCCUGGUGCACCUCAAAUCCUACCGGAAUAGCGUCCCUGUGCCCGUACAUUGGCAACAAAAGCGGAAAUACCUGCAAGGGAAGCGUGGUAUCGAGAAGGCACCGUUUGAGCUUCCAGACUUCAUCAAAGCGACUGGCAUCAUGGAGAUGCGAUCAGCAGUGAAGGAUAAGGAGGAUGCUUCAAAACUAAAGUCGAAGACCCGAGAACGACAUCAACCGAAAAUGGGGAAGCUGGAUAUCGACUAUCAGAAGUUGCACGAUGCAUUCUUCCGAUGGCAAACAAAGCCAAAGUUUACCAUACAUGGUGAUGUGUACUACGAAGGCAAAGAAUUCGAGACGAAACUCAAAGCGAAGAAACCGGGUCAACUCUCCGAAGAGCUCAAAGCGGCUCUGAACAUGCCUCCAUUAGCCCCUCCACCAUGGCUCAUCAACAUGCAGCGUUACGGACCUCCACCGAGCUAUCCGCAACUCAAAGUCGCGGGGUUGAACGCGCCAAUUCCAGAAGGAGCGCAAUGGGGAUACCAUCCAGGAGGGUGGGGAAAGCCACCUGUGGAUGAGUAUGGGCGUCCACUAUAUGGGGAUGUGUUCGGUACAAUGGCUCAAGAGGUCCCGACCGAGCACGUCGCGCCGAUUGAGCGAUCGCGUUGGGGAGAAUUGGAAGAGGAGGAAGAGGAGGAAUACGCUGAAGAGACCGACGAGGGAGAGCAAGAAGACGAGGAGGAAGAGGAUGACACUGCCACCGAGAGCGGACUCGUCACUCCCAGUGGCAUCAGCAGUGUACCAAGCGGAUUGGAGACGCCUGACUAUAUUGAACUCAGGAAGGAUGGCAGAAGUAACGAGCCCAAGCAGCUGUACACAGUCGUGCCAGAACGACAAACAGCCAUCAAGGGCUUCAUGGGAAGCCAGCACGGCUACGACCUUUCCGCCGCGGGCCCAAGCAACUCCCCACCGCCACCUCCUCCCACCGAAGGCCGUGGCCAAAAACGCAAAGCCGGCCCAGGCGCCGCCGGCAUCGACCUGGCGCUCAACCCCGAAGACCUCGAAUCCGGCCUGGACGAAUCGACGCUACGCAAGAAAUACGAGCAGCAGCUGGACGUGUCCAAGGCCAACCAAGAAGAUUUCUCCGAUAUGGUUGCUGAUCAUGCGUCGAGGCAGGCGAAGAGGGCGAAGAAGGAUGAUAAGGCGAAGGGGAAGGAUAAGAGCAAGAAUUUCAAGUUCUGAGCCUCUUCCCUGCCAGCGGAGGCGUAGUCGUGGUUUGGAGGUGGGAAGGUGGGAGGGAUCAUUGGUUGGAUGAUGCCGGUGAUUCCGUGUAUAUAGAUAGCGAGUGAGCACCAUAUUCAGAUACAUACACAUUAUCCGAAGGCCUCUGCUAUGCGUUCGUCCGAAUGAACAAGACGCUUCACAUGGAUUGCCUACACUGAUGCUUGUAGUAUGAG